CCAUCGACUGCGAUGCAUGAUGCAAUUUACGCUGAUGUCUCCGAUUCCCCGGAGAGGGUCGUAAUGGGGCCCGGGGGGCAGCGGACGUAUGUCGUCAAUUUGUGACGACGUCGGAAGUCCCAAGCAUGCACCCCGUAAGCUACCGACAAGCGGAGACAUCGAUUGUUUACAUCCGCAUUUACCACAACGCAUGUUAAUGGUAGCUCAUUUGGCUUCGACUCAAACCAUCGCCCGAUAACGAAGAUAACGAGCGCCUCGUUAAACACCAAACCACCACCACACAGCACCGUCUGACUCAUUCAUCAUCACCACCUUUGCGCCCAACACCACACUGUCUCGCUAGCCCGUUGCACUCAUUCAGUUGACGGGAUCGAGUACCUCCUCCAACCAUACUCAAGCGCGCCGCGUGAAAGCGUGCUCGAGUUGUGUUGCACACGGAAGAUCAUCAUGCUGCUGUUUCGCUAUAAAACAGCGUGCUUGGCGAAACCAAUCGACACAAACCGUCAACAAUAACAAGUCAACGGAGCAUUAGUGGCUGAACCACCAUCCACCCUUAACCAUUUCGUAACGUCGUGUGACCUUGAAGCCGUGAAACGUAGGAAACCCCAACCGUGUGAUGCCUUGCAAAACCUGCGUUGCUGACUGCAAAUGCACGAGCCCUCGUUGCGGCUCCGGCUGUGCCUGUGAGGACCGGUGCACCUGCUCGUGCAAGAAUGGCGCAAAAGAAGGCUGCUGCAAGUAGAAGAGGGAAGAUCAUCGGACUUCGGAUAUGACCCGCAGAUACCCGUAUGAAACGCAUUGUACAAGCAUUCCAGUAAAAAUAAAAUGAAUCCUUCAUUAUUCCCA